AUGGCCAAAAACCCCCCACAGCCCAGCUACUUUGAAGGGCUCUCCGAAGAAUGGCCCCAGGAAUCGCCAGCCACAAUUGCACGCAAUGUCCAAAGCCCGGCCGUGACUCCCCAGAGCGCGGCAAAGGCCCGCAGUCGUCUUCCCCGCAUGCGACAGUCCUCAGGCUCCUUCUCCGAGAUCCAAGUGCGCAGCAUCGGCAAAGAGCUGCGGCCGCCAAAGCAGAGGAGUGCCCUCCUCGAGCGCAGCUACAGCGACAUCAACGCCCCGCCCGCCCCGUCAUCGCCCAACGCGUCACACAUUGAGCCCCCGCGUCGCGCCUCGUACUCGUCUUUUUCCAUCUCGCAAGGCUCCGGCAUCCACUAUGGAACAGUCGCACACAACACGGUCGCGAGAUCACCCACAAAAGAGCCAGGAUCCCAUGACACGCCCGAGUGGAGGCGCAGGCUCGUCAAUGGCGAAGUAGGCUACGGCGGCCAGACCGACUUGUUUGGCCCCACAGGUCUUGAGAACAUCUUCCAACCGCCGGCUGGAGGGGCAUCAGACGACUCUGCGCAACCAAAGCGCAGGCUUGGGCUGCUGAAGGGUCUUUCUGCCGUUCCAUUACCUUCGAGUCCACCACCAUGGCCAGCCACGCGACGGAACGCGCAACAAAAGGAACAAGACCACGAUGCCACAAUAGAUGAGCAGCAACAACAAACAGAACUAGAGGAGCCCUCCCACGACGAGACAAUACACGAAGAAGAGCCAUCAGAAUGCUCUCAAAAUCUUAUGCCGCCGCCGCCAAGCGACCCGGUGCGGACUGUGAGCGGCCAGAUCGAGUACGAGAACGAAAACUUCAGCCCUGUCUACCUUACCAUGACCGGAAAUAUGAAGACUAGCCAGGCUGCCAACCCUGCCCCCAACUUCAGAGGAUCCGAACUUGCCAACCGGUUACGCCAGAUCGGAUCGCCGCCCCCGGACCAUUUUCAGUCCGAGCAAGAAGAAAGCGCACUGGGUUACAGCCGUGAGGACUCAUCUUUCGCCAGACUGCAAGAUGAGUCGCUACCAGAGGGCCUUCCUGCUGGCACUCCAGACAUGGCGGACAUGAACCGGAAUGUAGAGUUUCGAAGAGGUGGAUAUUCUAGGGACGGAUCUUUCCAUCGCAAGCCUCUCAGCCCGUCGCCAGAAAGGAUAGCUGGGUCGCGACCAUCCAGCAGUCGUGCCGUCACAGCUCAGUCGAGUACAACCACGAAACACCCUUCGCCUCCUCCAGCAUUGGUCACCAACCCAUCUACACCACAUCGUCGACGCGAACAAUUCUUGAGUCCAGACCGAGCAAAAGGCUCUGGAAGUCCGUUGAAGCUCUUCGAUGCGCAUGACACCUUCACAAGUAACCGUAUACAGAGACGACUCAGUCAGCUUGAGUACAAAUCUGAGAAAGCUUCCAGUGUCAAAGAGGGCACAGCAGAGUCAAGCAAGGCGGCGCCGAAGCAAUCGAGGCUGACAUCGGUAGAAGAAAGGAGCAUGCAGAACCUCGAUCAAAGUCAGUCGGAACUGCCAUUCAGACUUCCGUCUUUCGGCCAAGGCCAGCUAAAUCAGCACGAAUUCUCUGGUGACUACUCUGCAAUAACAUCCGAUGAUGAUUACGAUGCGCAAAACGAUAGCGCCCCCGACGAGUCACCCUCUACAGAUGUUGCCCCUCCUGGCAGCCGCCAACCUUUCAAGUUCCAGCUUGACGAAUCACCAGUCCGACGCCAGCCUUCAAAAGCUAGUAGACGUGUAUCUAGCCAGGCAGCGAACCCAAUAAGGAAUGUCAGUCGGAAUGUCAGUCGGAGUGUCAGUCAGAAUGUCAGUCGGCCAAAGUUUGUACCACACCGGAAGGGCUCUGAGGAAAAGACGGAGGCAUUCCCAGAAGAAGACUUUUCAGAAAUUGUUCACGAGUAUGCUGAAGGGAAGAGAGGUCCGACAUCGCCAUUCAAGAACCCCACUCCCAAGCGUAGAAGGACAAUCACUGCAGCAGAUGAAGAUGAAGAGAACGAGGAUAUACCGAGUGAUGCUGAAGCAGGCACAAUACAGCGUUCGCAUGCAGCCAUCCAGGCGGUUGUUGGACGUACGCAAGACGGCAGCCUAGAUCCCUCGAAGAACAUUGCCGACUCAGAGACGCUAGCCCGACGGCACAUAUUGAGACCCCGCAACCCUACGCCUAGUCAACGAAGGCGAGAGGAGAUACAAGCAGAGAUCAUGGAAGCUACAGAAGCUUUCAUCCAAGCUUCACCAAAGCUCAACACAAUUCGGGAACACCUAGAUUCAUCCAUCAUGUCAGAUACUGAUACAGAACGAGAUCAUGCAAAGGCCGUCGCCAACCAGGUCGCUGCUUUCACUUUGAGGAGGCAGCCUGGCGCGCGCGAUAAGACUCGCAAACGAUCCGUAACCACGCAAGAUUUCCUGGAUGAAGCGCUCAAGAUCAUGGACUUUAUCCGCACCAAGGGUCGACCAACUAGUGGUUUGGGCAGCCUCGAAGAAACGGAAGCCGAGACUCAGCUGCUCGAAGAAGUCAACGACCAUCCUUCCAGUAUGUUGACGUUUGAACGGCCCCCGAGCAAGGAAGGGCGACAGUCAUCCUGGCAGGACGCGAAUAAGCGAGACAUAGAUGCAAGAAUCGAGAAUCACCUCCGCAAAUACCAAGAAAACGAGAACGAUACUUUCUUGAACUCUUCGGUCAACUCUAUUCGAGUAUCACGCCUGAGAGCAUCUGCAACACCAGAAGGAGAGAGUGUGGUGGUUGAGCAGGAUGAUAUUCGGAUCACGGACAACCCAAACAGGCACCAGACCGAGGAUGACGAGGACCAUCGCCCUAGUUCUGCGCCUCGUGGAAACGCCACACUCCUAUCGACAGCUUCAUCUUUCGGAAACACAAUUGUCACAAAUGCAUCACGUCGUUCGGAAUGUGUCGCGACGCUAGCUCCCGAAGCGGUGGCGCAUCUUAUCCCUCAGCAAGUCGCAGGCAUGAGCUUUGAUCGCGACAAGAACAUUUGGGUCCGCCAGAAGAACCCGUCCAGGCAGCACCAGCUACAAGCGGAAGAACCAAGCGCCAUGAAUGCUAGCGAAGAUGAUCCUUUCGGCAACAUUCCUGAUCUGACAGUAGAAGAUACGACUGAGCUAGAUACUAGAACAGGCUCUCCAGUCCGCCUCCAGCCUACAGCAGAAACCAUCCUCGAAGAUACAGAGAAGCCAGACGACGACGAAGACUCGCGUCCAGUGACUCGUGAAGGCAAGGGUGUCGCAUACACGGAAACAAGCUCGGCACCUUCCAAGGCCUCGAACUUUGGCUGGAGCUUCCCCAAAACUGACACACGAGCUACAUCGUGGAGCACUCAAGCCCCGCGGAUAUACAGCACACACAAGAUGCCUCAUGCGCCUACAACGUAUGCCAUUCCAGAGUCAGAAGAAGAUGGCGUCGAACAUGAGAUUCAGUAUUUCGAAGGGAGGGACCACGCUCCUGCAAGUGUGCAACGUCCGCGAGUACGAAACGUUACUAUCUCGAUCGCUGAGCGCGAGGAUCAAGCACGCGAACCUCAACCCGAAAAUGCUCAGAAGCAACGCCGCCAACAAUGGGGACCCUCCAGUGCUCAGCAGAUGUCAGAUAAGAAGCAACCAGCUUGGGGACAGACAAAUGGUACCCGUACCAUGUCGCAUGGACGACCCAGUCGUCUGCCCGUCUUCAACGGAGAUGGUGACUUGUCGAUUCUGGAUGAUGCCCCGUCGAAGAAUUAUCGGAUGGAGUUAUCGAUGAACGUCUCUGCGCCCUCUCUUCGCCAUGGACGACGGGAUACGCUUGUGACUGCACCAUCAUCACCUGUAAAGGAUGUCACAUUCAUGCUCAGUGACCUACCUGAGUUUACUCUCAACCAGAUCGAUGAGUUCGAUCUCCCCGAUCGAGUCGUGGUGAAACAUAACGGUAGCCGGUUUUCUAAAGCUCUAGAAGAUCGUUAUGCACAAGGCACUGCUGAGCUUGUGAAGGCACUACAGGAUGUCGAGCCCGAUGAGCCUUAUUGGGAAGAUCUCCGUACUGUCAAUCUCCACAAAAAGGACCUUAACAGCUUACACCGUCUAGAUGAGCUCUGCUACCACCUCGAGGAGCUCGAUGUUUCAGACAAUAAGAUCAAUCAGGUUGAGGGUAUUCCUUACUCCAUGCGUCGACUGCAGGCACAGAAUAACUGUCUGAAUGGACUUACCUCUUGGACGACCCUCGUCAACCUACAACACCUUGACAUAUCCGGUAAUGAUAUCGACAGAUUGGACGGCCUCGCUGAAUUGGUGCAUCUCCGAAUUCUGAAGGCGGACAACAACAAGAUCAGAUCUCUUCAAGGCAUUCUACAUCUCGAUGGCCUGAUGGAAUUAAGCGUUCGCGGCAACGAGAUCGACACGGUUGACUUCAGCCGAACAAAUCUGAAAUCUCUUACCGAUCUGGAUUUGAGGAAGAACCACUUGCUUGAAGUACGGAACCUGCACUGCUUGCCCCAGCUCCAGCAUCUCAACCUUGAUGACAAUGAGAUAGAGGAGUUUCCACUUAUCGACACGGCUUUCAAGCCUUGCAGAUUCCUACGGUCUAUCCGUAUCUGCCGGAACGGAACCACGAUGCUUGAUGUUGAUCAGUACUUCCCUAAGCUCGAGUCUCUCUAUGUUGAUGGCAACUGUUUGACCCAAGUAUCUGGCCUAGAACAUCUUCGACAUCUACGCACAUUCUCCGCUCGCGAACAGAUCCUCAACUCGGAGUCGGACAUGGAGAUGUGUGCGAGCAAUCUUGUCAGGAAUACAGAAGUUCGCAACCUGUAUCUCUCGCUCAAUCCGACGUAUGGCCUUCAGAUCUCGCAACAUCUACUGAGCCUUCAGCGCCUAGAAUUGGCUUCCAUGGGCCUAAAGGAACUACCAGAUAACUUCGGUCAGCUUACGCCGAACAUUCGAUCUAUCAACCUCAACUUCAACUCUUUGACAGAUCUUCGGCCACUCCUCAACAUCAAGCGAUUAAGUGAGCUUCUCCUGGCAGGCAACAAGCUCGAGCGCCUACGUGCCAACGCAAUGGUCUUAGGCAAGCUGGCUACACUUUCGAAGCUAGACUGGCGAGACAACCCGCUCACGCUUCGCUUCUACGCUCCGACAUGUGAAAACCGGGUCAUGUCUCUCAGGCAGAAACCCUCCGACGAGCAGCUCACGAACCGCUUCGUUCUACCUGAGGGAGAAGUUGAAGCAGAUGUGCAACACCUCCAGCGACUGGACUACGAAACCCGCAUUAGGCGGCGGGUCACCGAGAUGAUGCUUGCCAAUCUAUGCAGGAGCUUGAGGGAGCUCGACGGGCUGCCGUUCGACAAAACGCGCGUGCUCGUCAAGGACGAUGUAUGGGAGCGCCUGCUGUUCCUUGGCGUUAUCCAGCGCAAACGAGCAGAUACUGCUGUCGACGACGGCAAGUAG